AUGUCGGGGCUGCCUGCCGGAGACCAGCCGCCGCCGCCGCCGCCUCGGAGCCAUGCAAGAAAGGCAGAGAAGCGUGAGAAGAGCCAGGGCUCGGAAGAAAUGGCCCUGGACGUUCCACGACUUGAUGCACAGAGCCCAAGCGACAAAACGUCCAUGGAAGACAUCCUCGCUGAACGCGAUACGCGCAUUGCACAGCUGGAGCAGGAGUUUGCAACACUUCUAUCUGCACAUGAGGAGAUGAAUGAGCGCUCGUCACAGCUACUCUCUGAGCGAGAGGAGCUGCGGCAGCAGCUUACAGAAGAGAUCGAUGCACAGCGCACGCGUGCGGACGAAGCAGAAGACUGUGUGCGUGUGCUACGUCAAGCGGCCGAGGACAGUCGCCGCGCAAUCAUGCGUCUGCAGAGCAGUCCGCGCUCAGAUAUGGACGCUGAGACGAAACGGUACAGCACCGGUGGGGUUGGCGCAUUGACGAGUCGCGCACUUGGUAUGGGCAUCUCUCUGGACGGUGACACAGAGCAGGAGCGAUCGCAGCUCCGUGGAUUGCGCUUAUCGAGCACAGGGACGGUAACAUCGCCGCCAUCCGCGUACAGCGACUUGAACGCGCCGCCGCCUUUGCCCGUGCUUCAUGAUGGCGAAGAUGUGUUGGAAGACAAAGCGAAGGACGAAGCAAAGGACGAAGCGAAGGACGAAGCGAAGGACGAAGCGAAGGACGAAGCGAAGGACGAAGCGAAGGACGAGGCCAAAGACGAAGCCAAAGACGAGGCCAAAGACGAGAAUGCCAGUCGAAAAUUUACGUCCAUGUUUGGCUCAUCCAGCUUGCUCCGGCCGCUGCUGCGGAAGCCGCAAGCGGGACUGCAAGCAGAUGCACCGGCAGAGGAGUCAGCGCAGAUCAAGGCCGUGUGCAGUCCCGAGCAUACCAAGGCGCUUGCCGAUUUGGAGACCGUUAAAACGGACAUGGCGUACCUGACCGACCAACUUGCCGAGUCGCGCGAAGCACAGCAGGCAAGCCAGCAGCUGAUAAAGUCGUUGCGCGAGUAUAUUGUUGCUACACAGGGCGGGAAUGUUGUGACGGCAGAGGAAGCUAUGGGAGCAGAAGCGGUCGAGUUGAAUACAAAAGAGGGCGUUGCAUCGACAGCAAUCGACAACGCGAUCGAAGAGGUGGAUGCUUACCAUGAGGACGCCGUGGAACAAGAUAGUGAGCCUGCGCAUACCGAAGUAUGUAAGGAUACUGCCGCGGCGAUAGAGCUAGGAACGCCUUGUGCAGAUGAAGAGAGCACCGUGGCCAACACCGAGGCGCCGUAG